AUGAAUGUGAAAGAUGGAGAUGCCAUGAAAUGUCUAGCUUUUCCUCUGCUCUUAGAAGGAUCAACUAAGGAUUGGUUCAAGUCCUUGAAGCCUGACUUCAUCAGCUCAUUUAACCUGCCCAAACAGAGCUUCAUGAACCAAUUUCUAUCUACCUCAAAGAAGAGGUACCUACCCAACUACCUUCUCAGCAUCAGGCAGGGCCCUAAGGAGAAGUUGCGACACUACAUCAACCGUUUCAAUCUAGAAGUAAUUAGCAUCCCUAGUUGCUCCAAACAUACAACCUAUAUUGCCCUUCUAGCUGGGUUCCAAAGAGGACCUUUUCUGUUUCAUGUCAACAAGUUUCCACCUAAGAGUUAUGAGGACCUGGUGUCCGAGGCGUAUCGUCAUGUCAUCGCUGAGGAGAUGACAUAUGACACACCAGAAGGGAAAGAUCCGUCGCAGCCUAGUGUAGGAGAUAAACGGAGAAAAGGUCGAAAUGAUGUACAUGAUAAGCCAAACGACAAGAAAGGAAUAUUUGAGAAUUCUAGGCAAGGUGGGAGAGACUAA